GAACUUUGACCUUUUGAUAUCUCGGAUUCGCCACUGCUACUGCUGCUGGAGCAGCAUAGCAAGUAUGGCAACAGGGGACCCCGGAGGGGGACAGCCACCAGGAAAUGGCAAAGACCAGACUGCCAAUCCUCGUGGCUCUCUCGUUGCUAGGAUGAUCCAAAAUGUCAGCACUGCUGAUGAUACUGAUACCAGCAUUGCCAAUCAAGCUUCCAAAUCCCAGGAGUUGAAGUCAGUCGCUUUUCAAGUGCAAGGAACAACUAAACAUGCCAACCUAGACUCUGGAACACCUGUGGAGCCUAAUCCCAGUGGUCAGAAAAGGCAAAAUUCUAAUGUUCAACAAAGGCAACAAAAUGAAGGAUCUGGGCAAAAGACAGGAACCACUCAACAACAUCCAACUGGCAAUACUGGGAUGAACAGAGACACUCAGCAACAUCCAACUGGCAAUACUGGGAUGAACAGAGACACUCAGCAACAUCCAACUGGCAAUACUGGGAUGAACAGAGACACUCAACAACAUCCAACUGGCAAUACUGGGAUGAACAGAGACACUCAACUACAUCCAGCUGGCAAUACUGGGAUGAACAGAGACACUCAACUACAUCCAGCUGACAAUGCUGGGAUGAACAGAGACACUCAGGCACAAUAUCCAGCUGGCAAUGCUGGGAAGAGCAGAGACACUCAGCAACGUCAAGCUGGCAAUGGUGGUAUCAUAGCAGGAGCAAAUUUGGGCUCAGCAAGGAGCAGUGCUACCCAACAGCGAAAGUCUUCUUGUGACAGUCCUGGAAAAAGUAGCGGGCGACAACAAAAAAGUGCCAAGGCUGCCAUGACUGUUGCUGAGCAAAGCACUACGUUUUCUGGCUCAUCGAUGACACCUGAGCAUGGUAAUGUGCAGCCAACUGGUCGUCGACCUGUGAUUCAUCACAAUCAUGAUCAAACAUGUGAUGCUAAUGCUAUAAGCGCUACAAGCGAUACAACUGAGAUGCCUGUGGUGGACACUACUUCAACACAACCAAGUAAAUAUGCUGUGCCUCAACUGAGCUCUCUCCCUGUGAGCCUGAGACGUUUUCAACUGAGCUCUCUCCCUGUGAGCAGACCUUCUCAACUGAGCUCUCUCCCUGUGAGCAGACCUCAACUGAGCUCUCUCCCUGUGGGCAGACCAUCACCUCAUCCAACUAGCACUACAGUCACUGUAGAUGAGGCGGCAAGUGGAGUGGAAACAGCAGCUAGCUCUGCAACUGUGCCAUUGCCAACUAGAUCCACUGCAAGGCAGCAAAGAAGUCGUCCUGUGGUUAGCAUCAAGCCGCAGCUCAAACGUUCUAUUGACACGACAAGUAUCGGAAAUGUACUGGAGAGGUCUUCUGCACCGUCACUAAUGAUCACUCCUGCUGUGCAACAAGGCGCUCAUCCUGUGAGCAGCAGAAAGCUACCGCAGAUGAGUUUGACAGGUUCUACAUCAGCUGUUCCCUCUUCACUGUCAAUAGCAACUGGAAUUGGCACAGAGCGGAACCAUUUGUGCUUGACCAAAAACAAGAGUCAGCCAAAACUGGACUGUGGUAGCAAUACCACCACUGCCGCAGGUUCAUUGACUAGCGUUUCCAGCAACUCCCCGUCUGGAUAUACUGUAAUGCAGCAACAGCAGCAGCAGCAACAGCCGCAGCAACAGCAGCAACAGCCGCAGCAACAGCAGCAGCCACAGCAGCCGCAGCAGCAGCAGCAGCAGCAGCAGCAGCAACAGCCGCAGCAGCAGCAGCAGCAACAGCAGCAGCAAGGUACACACGCAAUGGUCUACAGCACCAGAGAUCAUAACCCAACGGCACAUCAGACUGGCAAUGCAGAUCAACAACCGGAGUUAUACCCCAUUGCGAGAAAAGGCCUACACCAGGAAAAUAUUACACCAGGUGUGGACUUUGCUUCUGGAAAUGUUCAACUCACCCAACCAAGUUCAUCAAGCAAAGCCGCCAAUGAAAAGCCUCACAAGAAAAGCAUAUCAGGAACUGAAACUGCUGGUGCCAGGCAAACAUGUCCUGAAGAGACACUGUUGGGUAGAUCUCCUGACCAGCAUCAACACACACGUACAACUAAGUCACCCCAGGAUCCACUGAUACAGCCAACUGCGGGUGCUUCAUCAACAACACUGAUCGAUGUACCUCCAUCGCCAGCAGCUGAUACCUUUUGUGGCACAAAGUCCACCGUUGACUGUGUGACAUGCAAGGAAAAGCCUGCUCUCUUCCACUGUCCUUCUUGUGAGGAGGAUUAUUGUAACACAUGUUGGGCAGUUGUGCACAAAGGGAGAAAGCUCGCUUUGCACAAAAAGGCUUCACUUGACGCCAGCCAUCCAAGUGUUGCAUCAUCGGCAUGUGGUCUGGGACAACUUGAAUAUGAUAGCUAUGUUGAAGGUUCUUUCCCCA